GAUACCACUCCCGCCUUUGUGCUGUCGCUGUUCACGACUGCAAUUCUCUGCGGUACCGAAAGCCCACAGCGCGGGCGCCCACGGUCCGGACGCAGAGAACCCGAGCUUCUCGCUGCAGCACGCCCACCGCGGGUGGCCCUCGGAGGGCGCCUGCCCCGCCCCGCGCCGGAGGAACUCCUGCAGGGGCUUCUGGGAGUUGUAGUUCGCUCCGCCCGGGGGGCGCAUCGACGCGUUUCCUGUGCGUCCCUCACGGCCGCCAUUGGCUGGGCCGGGCCUAGAGAAUCCUGUUUCCCGGUGUGUGUCAGUUUCGUGUCGCGGUGACCCGAGCGGAAGGGGGUCGACCACGUCUUCCUCGAGAGUCGUGGCCGAAGCACCCGCGGCGGAGGAAGGCCAGAGCCGAUGUGACUGCAGAUCCGGGAGGUAGAGGCCGCCAGUCUCCCCCGAGUCCCCCGGCUGCCGGCUGAGGGGUUAGUGGAGCCCGACGCGCCCAGUCCCUUCAGCUUCAAGGCGGCAGGACUGUAGAGACCGUCGUGACCUCACUCGCUCCUGCGCAGACUUGGAACAGUGUUCUGACCCGACCGCGCGUGUAUUGGGAAGGAGGAGCGUGGGAGACGGGAGCCCCGGCGCUCCGUGAGGGCAGGAGUCUCCGCGGGUGCUGGGGCCCCGGACCCUCCCUCCGUGCGGGGCGGGGGGCUCUCCCCUGCGUGCGGGUGGGGGCGGCGGGGAGACCGCUGCCUUCACGAUUCCUUCCUCUGCGGCAGCGCUCGGGUCCUGCCUCCACCCGCGGGACGCGCAGAACCAGCCGUGGGGAUGGCCACCAGGGUCCGGACGGCGGCCAUCUGGGUUCCACCUCUCCAGGAACAAGAGAAUUCAUGCAACAGAGCCAGAGAGCUGCAAGGUCAGGAAUCCGUCCUGGGUAAAGGGACUCCUGACCACAGGCUUCUCCCUGGAGGACCCUGGAAAAGACACAAGAAUCACAGGACAGAGCAGGUUCUAGAGUGGCUGUUUAUUUCCCAGGAGCAGCCAAAAACCACCCAGUCUCGAGGACCAUUGUCAUUCGUGGAUGUGUUUGUGGACUUUACCUGGGAAGAGUGGCGGCUGCUGGAUCCCACUCAGAAGCACCUGUACAGGAGUGUGAUGUUGGAGAACUACAGCAACCUGGUGUCCCUGGGGUAUCAAGACAGCAAACCCGAUAUCAUCUUCAAGUUGGAACAAGAAGAACUGUGGAUGAUGCAGGCCCAAAUCCCAAGUCAAGGCCAUCCAGAAAAAGUCUGGGAAAUUGAUGAUCAUAUGGAAUGGCAUCAGGAAAAUGAAGGCAAGCUGGAAAGUGUGGCAAAAGGCUAUGAAUGUCCUACAUUUGGAAAACUAUGUCUUCUUACUACAAAUUAUGUUUCUUCAAGACAAAAGCUUCAUAAAUAUAUCACACGUGGAAUGAGUUUUAAAUAUAAUAUAGAUUUCAAUAGUAAUUAUGCUGGAAAGAAUCCUAAUGAGUUUCGUGCAUAUAGGGAAUCAUUCCACCAUUCUAAACAUGAGCAAACUGUUAUUGGAAUAAAAUAUGGUGAAAGUAAUGAAUGUGGAAAAACUGUCAACAAGAAGUCACAACUCAUAUGCCAACAAAUGUAUGUAGGAGGAAAGCCUUUUGAAUGCAGUUUUUGUGGGAAGACUUUCAGCAGUAAGUCAUACCUUGCAGUGCAUCAACGAACUCAUGUAGAAGAGAAACCCUACAAAUGUAAGGGAUGUGGGAAAGAUUUCAGCAGCAAGUCCUACCUCACUGUCCAUCAGAGAACUCACACAGGAGAGAAACUUCAUGAAUGCAGUGAAUGUGGGAAAUCCUUCAGUUUCAACUCACAACUUGUUAUACAUCAGAGAAUCCACACAGGUGAGAAUCCCUAUGAAUGCUGCGAAUGUGGAAAAGUAUUCAGUAGGAAAGACCAGCUCAUUUCACACCAGAGAACUCAUUCAGGACAGAAACCCUAUGGUUGUAAUGAAUGUGGUAAAGCUUUCGGUUUGAAGUCACAGCUCAUUAUACAUCAAAGAAUUCAUACAGGAGAGAAACCCUUUGAAUGUAGUGAAUGUCAGAAAGCCUUUAAUACAAAGUCAAACCUUAUGGUACAUCAGAGAACCCAUACAGGGGAGAAACCCUAUGGUUGUAGUGAAUGUGGAAAAGCCUUUACUUUCAAGUCGCAGCUCAUUGUACAUCAGGGGGUUCACACAGGAGUAAAGCCCUAUGGGUGCAUUCAGUGUGGGAAAGCCUUCAGUUUGAAGUCACAGCUCAUUGUGCAUCAGAGAAGUCAUACAGGAAUGAAACCUUACGUAUGCAGUGAAUGUGGCAAAGCCUUCAGGAGCAAGUCGUACCUCAUUAUACAUAUGAGAACUCACACAGGAGAGAAACUCCAUGAAUGCAGUGACUGUGGGAAAGCCUUCAGUUUUAAUUCACAACUCAUUAUACAUCAGAGAAUUCACACAGGAGAGAGUCCAUAUGAAUGCCAUGAAUGUGGGAAAGCCUUCAGUCGGAAAUACCAGCUCAUUUCACACCAGAGAACCCAUGCUGGGGAGAAGCCCUAUGAAUGUAGCGACUGUGGAAAAACUUUUGGUUUGAAGUCACAGCUCAUUAUACAUCAAAGAACUCAUACAGGAGAGAAACCCUUUGAAUGCAGUGACUGUAGCAAAGCCUUUAAUACAAAGUCAAACCUUAUUGUUCAUCAGAGAACUCAUACAGGGGAGAAACCCUAUGGUUGUAGUGAAUGUGGAAAAGCCUUUACUUUCAAGUCGCAGCUCAUUGUACAUCAGGGAGCUCACACUGGGGUAAAACCUUAUGGAUGUAAUCAAUGUGGAAAAGCCUUUAGUUUGAAGUCACAGCUCAUUGUGCAUCAGAGAAGUCACACCGGAGUGAAACCCUAUGGAUGCAGUGAAUGUGGAAAAGCCUUCAGGAGCAAGUCAUACCUCAUUAUACAUAUGAGAACUCACACAGGAGAGAAACCACAUGAAUGCAAUGAAUGCGGGAAAUCCUUCAGUUUCAAUUCACAACUCAUUGUACAUCAGAGAAUUCACACAGGAGAAAAUCCCUAUGAAUGCAGCGAGUGUGGAAAAGCCUUUAAUAGGAAAGAUCAGCUCAUUUCUCAUCAGAGAACUCAUGCUGGAGAAAAACCUUAUGGAUGCAGUGACUGUGGGAAAGCCUUUAGUAGCAAGUCCUAUCUCAUUAUACACAUGAGAACUCAUUCAGGAGAGAAACCAUAUGAAUGUAACAAAUGUGGGAAGGCCUUCAUUUGGAAGUCACUACUCAUUGUACAUGAGCGAACUCAUGCAGGGGAAAGCCCUUAUAAAUGUAGUCAAUGUGAGAAAUCCUUCAGUGGAAAAUUACGGCUCAUUGUACAUCAGAGAAUGCACACAAGAGAGAAACCCUAUGAAUGCAGUGAAUGUGAGAAAGCUUUCAUUAGGAAAUCCCAGCUCAUUGUACAUCAGAGAACUCAUUCAGGGGAGAAACCCUAUGGAUGCAAUGAAUGUGGAAAAACCUUCUCUCAGAAAUCAAUCCUCAGUGCACAUCAGAGGACUCACACAGGAGAGAAACCCUGUAAGUGCACUGAAUGUGGGAAAGCCUUUUGUUGGAAGUCACAGCUCAUUAUGCAUCAGAGAACUCAUGCAGAUGAAAAACUUGAUGAAUUAAAUGUAAGAAAAUUUCUUCCAAAACUCAGUUCAUAGGAAAUACCAGCAAAUUCUUAUAGAAGAGAAACUCUAUAAAUGAGAUCAUCUCAUUGUACACCAGACAACUAAUACUGACUAGAAACCUAUAAAUGCACAGCAUGUGCAGGGUCACCCACAGAAAGCUGCUUUUUACACAUCCUCCCCCCCACCCAGUAAAUGCACACAGGAAUGUUACGAAUUUAGUGAACUCUGUGAAAGUUUUCAGCAUCAAGUCAUACCUUUUUUAAAGUUUGUACAAGUAAGGAACAGUAUCAGUGAAGUGAAUGUUGGAAAGUUAUUUUUUUACUGUGAUAAAAUUUGCAAAGAGGAAGUUUCAUAAAGCAAUUGAAUAUAGAACGCCCUCCUUUGAAAUUCAUAUUAAACAGUAGGAUUUUCUUAACAGGAUUUUAAUGAGAAAAUGGAAAGCCAAUGAAUGACAGAAUUAUCAAAAUUACACAUACUUUAGGUAUCAGAAACUCAUACCUUGGAGGAACUAGUAUAAAUUAGGGAAAUUCUUGAUCUAGGAAAGACAAACUUCCAUUAAAAAAUAAUAAUAUAUGAAUGAAGAGCUAUGAAUAUGUCAGAUGGCGUAAUAGAACACUCGGUAGAAAGGUUCCCCUCGCUGUUAUUUUGAUUAUUUUGGAAAAUAAUUUCCUUUACAAAGUAUUGUGAGGGAAAUUGUGUCCCAGAUGUUGCAAAUUGUUAGGAAAGGGUUGGAGAAAACACUCAACUAUAAAUGAUAGGCAUGUCCAAAAUAGAAUAUAAAGAUUUUUCUUUUUACUGUGUAAAUAAAUGCAGUCGGGAUAACCAGAAAUACAUCGUAAGACCUACAGGGAUAUUUAGAUGUUAUCUUCCUUUGUACUAUAUGAGUUUUGUGUAGUUUGGCAUUUUACUUGUGAAUGUCACAUAUGAAAGGUAAGUUAGAUACAUGCCAUUGCCCAGGGACUUGUACUUAGCAACAUUGUUUUUAACAAAUGCAACUUGUUACUAGAAUAAUAUGAUUUAUUAAAAAUACAUUUCAAUACUACAAACCUUUUCUACUAUUUCUUACCCUUUGUAAGUGGGCCUGGCAACUACCUCUUUAGUUACAUACAUCGGUAUAGUGCACAAUCGAUGUGCUUGUGUAGCUGGAAUGUGUUCUGUCCUCCCCAUUUGGAACAUAUUGAUUUUCAUUAAGAUAAUCUCUCAGUGUAAGAGGUCAUGAUGGGAUCAUCAUUCGUGGUGCCCUGCCAAGGAGUCAGCAUGAUCAUCAAAGUAGGCUGAGCUAUUUAUUCCAGAUUUCAGUUUUCUAAUGGACUCCUGAAGUACCAAAAAGCAAACUGAGCUUUUGUUUUCUGGUAACAUUUUCCUGCAAUUAUUAAUUAGUUCCUUCUAUAUAGACUAACCAGGAUAGCUUUAGUUAUUGUCACUCUAUAAUUCUAGAGCUCUUGUGUUUUUAUUUGAGUUACCUGGUAUGUGUUUAAGGGAUACAUGUAAGUGAUGCUGCCGAUAUGUGUACAGGCACAUGUCAUUUUAUUGUGCUUUGCAGGUAAUGUUUUUUUCCCCCUGCAAAGUGAAGGCUUGUGGCAACCCUGCAUUGAGCCAGUGUGUUGGCUCCAUUUUUCCAGCAGCAUUUGUUACUUCAUGUCUCUGUGUCACAUUUUAGUAAUUCUGGCAAUAUUUCUCAUUUUUCAUUACUUCUUAUGUUGAUCUGUGAUCACUGAUUAUGAUUUGCUGAAAGUUUAGCAUGUUUUAGCAAUAUUCUUAAUUAAGGUGUGUACAUUGCUUUUUUUUUUUUAGACAUAAUGCUUUUGCACACUUAAUAGACUACAGUGUAGUGUAAACAUAACUGUUACAUAGCUUUUGUAUGCAUUGAGAAACCAAAAGAAACUCAUUUGACUCAGUUUAGUGCUACAUUUGCUUCAUCGUGGUGGUCUGGAAUGGACCUGCAGUAUCUCCAAGGUAAUGCCUGUAUGUAUAGCUGUAGAGUCAGGAUGGUAAAAAGUCAUUCUGCUACUUGCCUUCUUACGAAGUCUGUUUUCUUCACCAGUUUCCUUACAUGAAAGAGCAUUUACCUGAAAAGAGUUGGGACCAUGGCAUUUAGGGUUGUGUUGGAGGAAUAUGACUAUUCCAAAUUGCAGAUAUUUCUGAAACACCCUCCACUUUCUACUCUUUACUUCAGGAGGGAAUCCUAUCUUUUACCCAAAGAAGCUGUUUCUUCUUUGAAGGAGGUAUUUAAUGAUUUGUGAAUGCCUGGUCCUUAUUGUGUUCAGCUUAUUAUAUAAGAUCCAAUCUAAAGAUAAUGUGGGGUGAAGAAGGAUGGUUCACAGAAGGGAAAAGAAAACUUGCAUAAAGAAGGAAUGCCAGAUAUUUGUAAAGUAUGUCCCCCAGAUCUGGAAAAUAUGAAUAUGUAUUUUGUCAUACAUGUUCUGAGGAAGAUUCACACAUAAUGAAGAAUGAACACCUAAGAGAAAGUCUAGAUUUGCGUACUACUACCCCGUGUCAAUUAGAUUUUAAAGGUUUCUGUAUUGUGUGAGGAAAUCCACAUGCAGCGUUACCUAGUAGAAGCCAGAAAUGUUGACAUAAUGUUGAAGAUAGAAAUCAAAUACUGUGGGAAAGGCUAAUGUUAACAUUAAGGUCUUAAUCUUAAAUGAAAAAGAAAAUUUAGGGCUCCUGGCUGGCUCAGUCAGUGGAGUGUGCAACUCUUGAUCUCAGGUUUGUGAGUUUGAGCCCCAUGUUGGGUGUAGAGAUUGCUUAAUAAUAAAAUCUGAAAAAAAAAGAAAGGAAAAAGAAAGUUUACCAGAUAAAUGAAAUUUAACAGAAUGAAUAGAUCUACAACUAGUAAACAAAAAGGAAAAGUAAAAAUUUGAAUAUCUGGCUUGAAAAUCUACCUAGUCCUUCUAACCCUGCCCCAGCCCCAGAACAGAAAGAAGUUCCAGAGACUUUUAGUAAUAGUUGAUAAUUCUCAGGAAAAUUCAAGGAAUGAUAAUCCAGCAUUUUACAAUUUUUCCCCAAAAUCGAUAUGUGGGGGAUAAAUGACUUGCAGCUCAUAUUUAUGAACAUAGUUGAAAAUAAACUAAAUGUUAAUGUAGCAUUAACAAAUGCUAAUAAUGUGGAGGGUUUCUUUGUUUAAGUCAUGACAAUAUUAAGUGUAGCAGAUCACUAGUCGUGAGUCCAGUAUCCCUUCAUUACCAGCAGAAUCACUGUACUUUUCAUAAUGCCAGUGGCCCAGCCUUAAAAGCCACAUUUCUCCACUGUCUUUGUAGCAAAGUAUGAUCUUGCUGCUAAAUUCUGAGUAAUGAGAUAGAGGUUGCUGACACUGUCACAUGGGAAGGUUGUCAAGAAAACAGCUGAAGAAAGCCCCUCAGUGUCCUGUAAUCAUUCCUCACUUUAAUACACAGCACACAGUGCUUGGAGAUUGAGCAACCACUACAGAGCCUGGAUGCAUCUGGAAGACAGGAGCCGUCUGCUGCAGGGCUAUCUGGUAUACCAGCCCCACACCACCACCAUCUGAGUAUCUUCUACAUAAGGGGAAACGAACUGUCUUGUUUAAACCACCUUUUCUUUUUUGGGUAGGAAGAGAGUUGGUUCUGUUAUAUGCAGUGGAAUGUGACCCUAUAAAAAUACAUUAUGAUGUUGGGAGAUUUAAUAAUAGAAAAUCUUUUCAUAAAAUUAACCACACUACCAGAUAUAAGAAUGGCCGUAUGAUUAUCUCAAUGUGUGUAGAUAACACAUUUGAUGGAAUUUAAUACCCAUAGAUUAUUUUUAAAUAUUAUUAAAUUAGAAAUGGAAAUUAAGUCCUUUACCUUUGCAAGGAGUAUGUUCCAAAAACUGACAAAUGUCACACUUAUUGGUAGAUAUAUAUUCCUUUAUAUUAAGAAAAGUAUACAGAUGCUCAUCACUUUUAUUGAACAGUGUAUGACAAUUCUAGCCAAUGUGUGAAAACUAAGGAAUUGAGGGUGAGGGCAGGAAAAAAAGUUCCAUUGUUUGGAGAUGUGGUUGUCUCUUUAGGAAAGCUAAAAUAAGUUUCAGGCAAAUAUGUAGAAUUGCAAUUAGAGUAGGACUUGUUUUGGAUAUAUAUUUUCAACAAUUCGUUGUGUUUUGCUUCUGGUUAAACUGGAUAACCUACAUACAGCAUCUUAGAAAACUUGAGAACCCAAGGCCAAAUGAACAUAGCGGUGUAAAGUAGGGAACACUUUAUAUAAGAAAAGAGAGUUGCUGCUCUUAUCCUUGGUGAAAUGCAGGAAGAGGAGAGGGCCAGCAUGGCAUAUAGGGGUGAGACAAGUAGGUGGUUGCCUAUGGACUGGGGUGACACAUUAGAAUCUCAAAGCCCCCACCAUGAAGGAGUGUGCAGCCAACUCUUUGCCAUGGGUCUUCAUGGAACCCUUGGUAGAGAAAGCUUUAAAAAAUCCCAUCGAGAUGCCAGGUCCUCUAAGUGCAAGGCGGAUACUAUCUGAAGGCAGGAAGGUGGACAGGGCAACAGUUGAGGGAAAUCCUUUAGAAGCAAUCUGGUCUUUUAGGCUGAGGGAGGGGUAGAGAACUGAGAAACACACUAUCCCUUCCUGCCCCGCUCCCCCCCCCGCCCCCCCAUAUAAGAGAACCAUCCCCAGGCACUCAAAUCUUUCUAUUACAAAAGAUGGGAGAAGGGUCAGGAGAACUGAGAGACUCCAAGGCAUUAUAAUCCUUCCCGGAGGGCUGUCCUUAGAGAAGCCAGAGACUAGAAGCAGCACUGAAACGUCUCCGGGAGCUUGGAAAUCAUAAGAAUUGGAAAGCAAAGAGACCUCACCAACCCAGGAAGCCGUUAAGCUCUAAGUGAGGCAAGGAGGUAGUUCACACAGUUGUGGAAGCUGGCAGCUUCGAAAACUAAACAUACGACUAUAACUGCUUUUCCUUCUCCUAGCUGUAUACUCAGAAGAAGUGAGUGCUUGUGUUCACUCUAAAAUGUCACAAGAAUAUUCAUGGCAUUUUUACUGAUAAUAUAUGAACUGCCAACAGUUAAAAGUUCCAACAGUUGAAUGGAUAAACAACUCGUGAUAUAACAAAACCAUAGAAUUCUACAUCACAAUAAAAUACCCACCUUACAGACUCAUUAGGAAUGUGCUGUCUGCUCAGUAACUACUACUGGCACUCUUAGUCCCUGAUCCUUGCUCCACCUGACCUACCCCCAGAGGCACAGGUGAAGGGGCCUCGUUUGAGCAGAGCACCACUGUCUAGCCACCUCAGAGCCUGAGGCACAAGGGAAACUGAGUAAUAAUCAUCUCGUCUUUUCAAACAAUUUUAUUAUUUGUUCAUUGUGGAUUCUCUGGUGUUAAUUUAUAUU